UUGUUCCUCCUCCGGUUCAUUUUCAUCGAGUCUCAAGCGUUUUAUAUGGUCAUGGCUUCUUCUUCUUCUCUCGCUGCGUUUCCUUGUUUGAAUCCUUGGCCUCUCACUCCUUCAAGAUUCUCACAAACCCUGAAUUCUCCUUUCCUCUCCUCCCCUUGUUCUGUUUUGAACCUAAAACACGCAUCUUCGCUGCUUCUUAAAUCGAGGAUUCGAAUCUCCUCCUCUCAUCGCGUGCCGACAAAAACACUCGUUGUUUUGUCUGCCCAGACUAGUCUCCUGAAAGUUCUUAAAACCGCAUGGAAUAUUGGGAAAGAUGGAAUCGAAGCAGGAACCAACCUAGUACCUGUUUCUGUGCCUAGACCUGUUGCUAGGAUCUCAGUGACAAUUGCAGCAUUGGCGGUUUCAUUGUUUGUUCUCAAGUCGUUUCUAUCAACUGCUUUCUUUGUAUUGGGUACAAUGGGAUUUGCAUAUUUCUUAUUCAUAGCCUUCAACAAAGAUGAAGCUCCUAAACAGAGAGGUGGAGAAGAUAAUAUUUCUGGUUCCACACCAAUGGAUAAUGAUCCACUUGAAGAAGCAAAGAAAAUUAUGGACAAGUACAAGUAAGGAGCUUUAUCAGUUCUUUUUUUUCUCAUAUGAGAGAGAGAGAGAGAAUGUAUACGGAUAUAAAUAGAUGGUUUAAGUUUUCUUUCCUCUUUAAUGAGAGAAACAAAACUCAAGAUAUCUUCAUAUUACACCCUUAAUUAGCUUUUGUAAUAGA